AUGUACAAAAAACAGUUCAAGAAAAAGCCACAGGAGCAUCACUUGCCGAGGAACGGUGAAGAACAAAAGUUCGUUUUGCCGCCCGUUAAUGGUAAACAGAGUUCAGAUUCCACCAUUGACUAUUGGACCUGUCCGGAUGGGAAGAAGGCAAAAUCCUUUGAGAUCGGCGAAAUCACUUCAGAAGGAGAGGCAGACUACGGUGACGGGAAGUUGCCACCUGCCUUAGCGCAGCGAACUAAUCAAACGAAAUCUUCAUCGGCUCCUGUAAGUCAGACCCUCCGGACUGUCACCGCACCAGGACCAACAGACAGGCCAGCACCAGCACACGCACCACAAAUUUAUGGUGUGGCUGAUCGUCCUCAAAUACUACAGCCUGCAUUUACUCAGAGUGAGUUUGUUUCUCAACAAAGCAAUAACAAAAACAACAAAGCUGAGCCGUAA